UGCCUCGACCAUUGUUAGAUCAAACAAUUUAACGUCUAUCGCAAACAGACAAUAACAUUCUAUUAUGUAUUUACGAUGAUGGCAGCUCCAUCUGCGCUCACGUCAAUUGUUUAUUUAUCGAAAAUAAUGUAGGUAUGAUAUAAAAUAAAUAUGUACAACGACCGCAGUGUGUCGCGACCGCGGUUGAUGUGUGUCGUGCGGUGUGCGGUGAGCGGUGUGCGCGGCUCGCUUAUCGUAUUCGCACACGCUUGUCGAUAAGGUCCGUUGUCGAUGAGUACACUACGAAAUCGACGACGGGGAAGUUUGCGUUACUCAUUAUCGCCAUAAAGUACGAUAAUCCGCGUCGGUGCGUGCGCCGGCCGCCGCCGCGCCAGUGAGCCCGCCGGCCGCGCGCCGACAAGCGCCAGCCGCGAGGAACGAUGGUGUACCGGACUGUGUGAUCGAACCGACGUAGGUUCACCUGUGUAGAACUGGUGUUUCGCGACUUGGCCUAUAGGCCGAAAUGUCGCCGCCGCGCUUCAACUUUCCGCCGACGAGUUACUCCGCGGUGUAUGGCGACGUGACGAGUGCGAACGUGAACAACGGUGCCGCUGUUGUCUGCGACAACGACCUACGAAGUUAUCUCGGCACACCCACACAAGCACCUCCUUCACCCUCGCUGUUCGGUUGUUUUAAUUGUGCUUUUCGGAACGGCAUAAAUGUUCUCCGUAAAAAUAAACCAGCUGCAAAGGUUAAGGUUGCAUCUGGCAAGGACGAGGACCGCUGGCGCGGCAAGGACGAGGGCGCUCUCUUCAAACGCUGGAGACGCACGCCCUCAGCUGAGCCCGUUCCCGCAGUCACCGCUCCUGCCACUCCGCAGUCGCAACCUUCGGAUUUACUCAAGUUUUUAGCUAUUAAUGCAUUAGAAUUAUCUGCUCCGGCUUCGGAUGCGCUAUUGAAGUCGAGAUCGUCGGAAUGGUUCCAGCUGUCGGGACACCCCGGGUCUCUGGCGCCGGCCGGACCUGGAACCGUGUGGAAGAGGCGCGCGGCCGGCGACCACCCGGCCCACAACCCCGAGCGCGAUGCCUACGAAGCGCUCGCCGCCUGCCCCUACAUGCGUUCCGCCAUCCCGCGCUACUACCGCGAACUAGAGUACGGCGGCGAGCACUUCAUCGAGCUGCAGGACCUCUUGCAUGGAUUCCGUGAUCCACACGUCAUGGACAUCAAGAUGGGCACGCGCACCUUCCUCGAGGACGAGGUCAGCAACGCACGUGCGCGGUCCGACCUCUACGAGAAAAUGGUGCGGUUGGAUCCGAACGCCCCCACCGAAAGCGAGCAUGCAGCCCGCGCAGUCACAAAGCUACGUUACAUGCAAUUCAGAGAACAGCAGUCUUCCUCUGCCGAUCAGGGGUUCAGAAUUGAAGCCGUGAAGCUGCCGGGGCAGCCUCCUCUCACAGACUUGCAGAAAGUCAAGGAGCCGAACCAGCUGGCCGCAACCAUAGCGCGUUUCCUAGGCGACGAGAAACGUGCCCGGCGUGCUAUCGCAGCACGCCUUCGUGAGAUAAGAGACCUCUUCGAGCGCUCGGAGUUCUUCCGAACGCAUGAGAUCGUCGGCAGCAGUAUCUUCAUUAUUUACGACGACGAGCGAGUGGGUGCCUGGUUGAUAGACUUCGCAAAGACACGUCGCGUGCCCGAUGACAUUGUUGUUAACCAUCGUGCGCCCUGGAAACAAGGAAAUCACGAAGAGGGUUUCCUGUUUGGACUCGACAGGCUGAUUACCAUCGUAGAAACUGCCGGACUGUCUAAAAAAGACAGCGAGCCAGAGGUGACACGUUGAACGUGGUGCGAGGGAAACUUGGACUCGCUCCGCGGCCGCUGACCGCUCGGCCCCUGCGCCCACUGCUCUUCCUGCGUCAGAGUAACGCUAGGAGAUGUACAGAAUAUACUGUUUGUGUUUGUGCAUAUGAAAGAUAAUGCGAUUGUUUCGCUUUAUAAAACUGAUCUAGUCCUUAAUAAAUAAUUUAAAAUAAAGUAUCAUUUUCGUAA